CCGUCUGACGUGCCCCUGCAGCCAUGUCGGCCGCCGCGCGCAGACGCCAGGCAGCCGGGGCGCUGCGAGAAGCCCCCGCUGGCGGAGAUGAGGAGCCGGGCAUGGCGGCCCCGAGCCUCAGCGUCUGCCUCAAGCUGCUGGCGGCGGCGCUCUACGGGUUCAGCUCCUUCCUCAUCGUGGUGGUGAACAAGAGCGUCCUCACCAGCUACGGAUUUCCCUCCUCACUAUGUGUUGGACUAGGCCAGAUGCUGGCCACGGUGACUGUGCUUUGGGUGGGAAAGGCGCUCAGGGUGGUGAAGUUUCCAGACUUUGACAGAAAUAUACCUCGAAAGACAUUUCCACUACCUCUUCUAUAUUUUGGGAACCAAAUCACAGGACUCUUCAGCACAAAGAAACUGAACUUGCCAAUGUUCACGGUUCUGAGAAGGUUUUCUAUUCUGUUUACAAUGUUUGCUGAAGGAAUUUUACUCAAGAAGAAAUUUUCUUGGGGCAUUCAGAUGACAGUGUUUGCAAUGAUAAUUGGUGCAUUUGUAGCUGCUAGUGCUGACUUGGCAUUUGAUCUAGAAGGAUAUAUUUUUAUCCUGAUUAAUGAUGUCUUGACAGCUGCAAAUGGUGCAUAUGUAAAACAGAAACUGGAUUCAAAGGAGCUGGGAAAGUAUGGUCUGCUUUAUUACAAUGCACUGUUUAUGAUUCUUCCUACCUUGGCCAUAGCCUAUUUCACAGGAGAUGCGCAAAAGGCAAUGGAAUAUAAAGGCUGGGCAGAUACACUCUUCGUUAUACAGUUUACACUCUCAUGUGUAAUGGGGUUUAUUUUGAUGUACUCCACAGUUCUUUGCACUCAGUAUAAUUCUGCUCUUACAACUACAAUAGUUGGCUGUAUUAAGAAUAUAUUAAUAACCUAUAUCGGAAUGUUUUUUGGAGGAGACUAUAUUUUCACAUGGACAAACUUCAUUGGGUUAAAUAUCAGUAUUGCUGGAAGCCUGGUGUAUUCUUACAUCACUUUUACAGAAGAGCAAUUGAACAAGCAGUCUGAAGCUACUAUCAAGAUGGAUAUUAAAGGAAAAAGCUCAGUAUGACCAGGGGAUUACUUAUAAGAAGUAACUCCUUGUUUGUUGUUUUUUUUCCAACGAUCACUGGCGGUAUACAGUAAAAAUAUUACAAUGUGGGUGUCUGUUACGGAAUAAUGCUGGUACUCUGCAUUUGCACAAUCUAAAUAUGCUGCCUUUUUAAAAAUUUUAUUAAAAAGAUUUAUAAUUGAGUGCACAUUAAAUAUACAGCUGGUUAAUUUAAUCUAGACUAUGAGGAAUACAUCUUUUGUAAUUUAUUAUGAUCAAGUCUGGUGGUAGAACCGUGCACAGAUGAUGUAAAAGCUUUGAUUUUACAGGAGUACCAUUAAUAUUCUUAGAUACAAUUUUGUUUUCUUGCAAGAAAACUUGUCCUAACCUAUCAUUUACAUUUUAGCUUGCAUCUGGGUUGUCUUGCAGCUAAGCAUAUCAAUGGGCAAUAAUAAAUAUUUUUAAUUAGCUUUUAGGGUGAAUGAUUGACUCAGCUCCAUCCCCUUCAUGCUGUCUAAAAGGGCCAGGGUGAUGUCAAGGGUCUCAAAAAGCCCUGCAUCCCUUUCAGGGCAGAAUUCCUCAGUUCAGGCACAUCAGGCUGCCUUCGGAGGAACCCCUCACAAACCCUGGUGUGGGGGCAUGCCAGUUAUGGGGAUGAGUGGGUUGGUACUGGGGGUAGAAGUGUUGCUGUAGCAUGGAGCCUUGUGGAGAUUCUGGGCAGUGCUGCAGCCCAGAAGACCCCUGUGGGAAACUAUUGUAGCUUAGAUAAGCCCCCUGGGGGUGGAACAGGGAGGACUCUCCAGUCCCUGAAGCAGUUGGGCAAAAAGAUGAUUUAAAGCCAGCAUAGAUCCCUCUGUUCUGUGCUGUGCCUAAUGGAGAGGCAACAUGGAAUUUCACCCCUUAUCUCAGAAAACGCAAGCUAACAGAUUAGUUUACUUUAUUUUCGAGAAGGUAGCUACUGAAGCAGGGUAACAUUUAUAGACUUUCACUAACUAUAAGCCAACUGUAGGCCCUGCAUAGAUCAUAAAAAGAAGAUACAUAUUUUUGGCAAUUCUGAUUUCUUGUCAAUAUUAAGCUUUCAGAGGAACAAGAAAAAGGGAAAGAGGAGUUUUUUCCUCUAGAAC